UAUAUAUAUAUCUAGCGAAAGUAACUACAAAAAAAAAAAAAAAAAAAAAAAAAAACGCGCGCGUGCUUGUGUGCGAGGGGUGGGGGGUACGAUCGUACGUGUGUAUACCAACGUGUAACUCCUGUCUUGCGAAGCAGCACGGUCCAGUUGCCUACGAACGCUGGACCGACCUGGACUCUGCAGAGCGACAUGGGGAUACUGUUGCUGCUUCUGCCGUUUAUAAUUUCAGCGCCAUGGAAUCAAGCAGAUUCCCUUCUUCACAGUCGGGCGAACACCUGCGUCUCUCCCGCCGGGGAUUACGUCGCCGAGAACCUCACGACAGGAGAGGAGGUCCUCGUGUGCAAGAACUCUUCGGUGAGUACGUGGGAUUCCCUGGACCGAGUUUUGAUCUCACGUUGCUCGGGAGACGAGGAGAAUCACCAUGCAAAGUGUGUGACCGGAACUUCCCUUGGAGACAACGUUGCACUCGGCACCUGCAACGAGACCUUCCCCCUGCCCGAGGACUCCCACCUGGCGUGGCAAGAACCCGGGCUGGCCAAAUACUUCGCUUGUGACGGGGAGAAAGUGUGGCUGUCGGGGGCUAAGGGCGCGCUCACUCAGUGCCUGGGCCUCUCGUGGACGCCUGUUUACGACAGAUGUGGAGAAGGUGAGGAAUGAAAAGCAAAACAGUGGGUUGGAGCAAUAACAAACAGAUAGUUAGAUAGACAGAUACAUAAACAGGUUGACAGAUAUAUAGAUAAAGAUGAAAAAACAACAACAUAGAUAAUUAAACGUAGAUUGACGGAUGUGCAUGCUGACAGAUGGAAGCAAAGAAACAAAAUAAAACAGAUAUACCUAAAGAAGACAGACCGAAGAUCCCGCAGACAGACCAGCAGACAACAGAUCCAU